AUGCCAAAAGAAAAGAACUACAAUCCCGUACAAGCUCAGCGCAAAGCUGACAAGGCCAAAGCACUUAAAAAAGGCAAACAUGAACGACAGGAACGCUUGAACGAAAAGUUAUCGCGAAAGAACCCCGAGCGCAUACAAAAACAAAUCGACGACCUCAAGAAAAUCACAUCAGGCGGUGGCAAGCUUACGCGCCAUGAGGAGCAAACGUUGGAAAGCCUCGAGAAGGAGCUUAAAGCAGUGAAGAAGGCGAGAGAAGCGCUGGGCGACAAGGCACCUACGUUUGGGCGAGGAUGGAAUAGGGAUCGCGAUUCAGGACCUGGCGUAUUGGGAAAGAGGCGUAGAGGGUCAAAUGAUGCUACGACCAGUGAUGAAGACGUUCCAGACGACAUCAAGAGAAUUCCCAUGCCUCGAGAUACGCCUCCACCGAUUCCCAAAGACGUUAUGGAUAAAUGGUACGCCGAGCGACGAGCGAAGAGAGCAGAAGAGAACGCAGCGAGACAAGACAACGAAAACAAGCAGCAAAAGAAGAAUACGCCACCGGUGGAAGCAAAGACUGUAUACGAAGCGAAACCCGUGGUUCGCGAUCUUCGAAAAGAAGCUGUCUCAGCAUUCGUACCUACAGCUGUCAAGAUGAAGAUGAACAAGGGCCAAGGCCAUGGCGGAUUGAUAGAGCCAGAAGAAGCAGACCAGCUAGAACAGGAAGGCUACCUCAAAACAGUUGGCCGGGAUGCGGAAGCACAACCCGACCAAGGCUCGACGUCACGGCAUGUGACCAUGGUGGAUGUCGAGGACGAAGAGGCUUAA